UACUCAGUAGUCGUUACUGGGGGAAACGUCAAUGUUGGUUACAGGUCGCGAAUGACUUGUUACUCCGGGCAACGAAGAGCAAGCUACUCCACCGGUCCAUCAGUAAGAACAACUACAGAAAGAAUCACAGGCCCUGAGCAACUAUUGAAAGAUGUCCCAAGUUCAACUCUCAGCGAGCUUGUUAUGUUGCUGAACAACCCUAGCCCCCUCAGAAACAAUUGGAAAGCCAUGGCGGCCGAGAUGUCUCUGAGCUUUCAAACAGUACAAAGUUUAGACUACUAUGGUGCGGAUGGAAUGAUGAAUGGGGUGCUCGAGAUAAUGUUUCAAAGAGCAAAAACAGUCCGGCACUUAGUGGAUAUGCUGAGGAAUAUCCAAAGGCCUGAUGUCAUUGCAAUCUUGGUUAAAGCUGGUUUGCAAGAGGGCGACGUACACCUAAUAGAUUUGAGUGAUGAUGCAAACACAGAAGACCUCAGUAACGACAAUGUCUCUCGUGUAACCAUAAAGACAACCAGCUCAACUAACUCCAUUGAUCACAAGCAAUCAAGUGGCCACACGCAUGCAUUAUGGGAAAACCCUAGCAAGGACACACCACGCCAAGGCAGUGUACCCGAAUCCUCAAAUGUUACAAAUAGCCGUAGGAGUCUUCAAGAGCCGUUAGACAACACCAUUCCCCGUGUUGAAUCAGACGGGGCGCCCUUCGGUACAGCUCUGGGUGUCUGCGUCGUGCCAGUAAAUAUCACAGCUGAUGAAAGACAUAAAGAGGAAGUUGUGGCACUUGAACGUCCAGAUUUUGAAAAUUCUAUUAUUUAUAGAAUAAUUAGGUUAAUAGUGGUCACUUAUUCCGUGUUACGUGAUAGCUUCAGCUUAGGGUCGAGGCAGUAGCACAUUGUAUCAAGUUGUGUAUAGGUUAUUAAUAUUCAGCUUCGCUUAAUUUACUUAGAAAGCUAACCGGAUCCAUUAAUAGCCUGUAGUCCACGUCAUCCAUGCCAAUUUCUUACUUUCCGUCGGACAUUUCGUUGAUUUCCAACACUGAUUUUGCUUACGUUUGCUCCAAUUCUUUACUGAAGUUGGACAAUAUUUUGUUGCUACUGUUGUUGUUUUCUUAUUUAAAGACUACUGUUGUGAAGUUAGGGGGAAGAUAGCUUUAGACAAACUCGCUGAGCGAAGGGUACCAGGUGUAUCGGAUCACAAUAUCUUCUUAUUUAAUGUACCACUGCCCUGUUGUUAAAAUGUCACUACAAAAUCCAACUUCAACUACUAUUAACAAAAGAUACGCGCUUGUAUGUGAGGUAGCGGGACUUAUAACCUUACAAUAAACAAUCUCAAGUAGUAACGACUAAUUCAUAGGUAAGCUCCAAGGUUAAGAAAUCACUCACAGAUCUGAACCUUGCGCUGAUAAAAAUUUUUAAAGUUUCUGCAGUUAAAACGCUUAAAAUAGCGAUAACUUGAGAAACAUCGAAUUCCAGAACGCAUCGACAAGAAACCCAGAAACAUCUUCCUCUAACUGAACUACGCCUCAAUUCUUGAUUGAUACAAAUGCUACUCCAAUGCAGAUCUAUGGGGUCGAAUAUUAAGUGUAUAGAAUAGACUUUUAGUUCUGAUAUCUGGAAAAUGAAUGCAGUAAUUAGAAAGUAAACUCAGAAA